AUGUUUAAUAAAAGACCAAACUCAUUUAACGAAUUGGAUCAUGCAAAUGAAGCUAAUGAAUUAUUAAUUAAUUUAAGUAAAAAUAAAGAUAUGCCACAUUUACUUUUUCAUGGACCAGAAGGAAGUGGGAAAUAUACAAGAGCUUUGUUAUAUUUAAAAAAUAUUUAUGGAGAUGGUGUUAUGAAAAUUGAACCAUCAACUACAGUAAUUGAUGUGAAAGGAAAACCAAAAGAAAUUAACUUAAGAUCAUCUCCUUAUCAUGUAGAACUUAUCCCAUCAAAUGCAACUGAAUCUGACAAAUUAGUUAUUCAAGAAUAUGUUAAAUCAUUAACUACUUUUCAAACACUUAGUUCUCUUAUUCAACAAAAGUCAAUAAAUCGUUUAAUACUUUCUUCUAACUCAGAACCAAAACAAUGUCUAAAAGAAAAACAAACAAAAUUUAGAGUUAUUAUGAUUUUUGAUGCAGAUCAUUUAACUAAUGAAGCUCAACAAUCUUUAAGAAGAACUAUGGAAACAGGUUCAGAAGUCUGUAGAUUUAUUUUAUUUUGUACUAAUCCAUGUAGUGUUAUUCAACCUAUUCGUUCAAGAUGUGUUAUGAUUCGUGUUCCUCUUCCAAAUAAACAAGAAAUGACUAAAAUUGUUGAAAAACUUGGAGGAAAUGAAAAAAUUGUUGGUAUUUCACGUGGAAAUAUUUUAUUAGCUGAGGCAGCAGCAUUUGAAUAUAGACUAACUGGAAAAAUAGAGAAUUUAUAUUGGAGAGAAAAGUUAGCUGAGAUUGUUAUUGGGAUGAAAAAAAUCUCAUCAAAAGAAUUUGAAAAGAAACGAGAUGAGGUUGUGGAAUUGUCAACAAUCAUUUCUGCUGAUACUAUCUUAAAAACAAUGUUUUGGUAUUUAAUGGAAUCUAAAAUUGAUCCAAAAUAUAAAAUAGAAAUUCCUUCUAUUGCUAUGAAACAUAGUCAUAACAUGUCUCUUGGAACUGAACCAAUUUAUCAUAUUGAAGCAUUUAUGUUAGAAAUAAGUUCAUUACUUAAUAACUGA